UCUGCCAAAGGAAAAAGUCAGGGACCAAACUAAUACAAUGGUGAAUCCAUAAAUCCUACGCAAUAGAAUACUCUAUUCUUCUCCUCCUUCUUCAGAGAAGAACGAAAAUGGUUGUUGGGUCUAAACCUGCCACUGUAAAUUCAACCGAAAAAAAAAAAAGAAGAAGAAGAAACAUAAAUGUAUAUUUAUACCUGAGAUAAGAUCGAACUUUGCAGUUCCCUUCAUCUGAAUUUCCUUGAUUAGCCUCGCGUCUAAUCUUGUUCAGACACGUACAGAAAUCAUGGGAUCUCAAAUUGAGCCUGCUGCUAACAGCAAUUACGGUGACAAACAUACAAACAUCAACUGGGAUAAGCUCGGGUUUGAUCUUAUUCCGGCUGAUUACAUGUACAUGAUGACAUGCUGUGAUGGCGAAACCUUCUCUAAUGGAGCUCUCAGACCAUAUCAGAAGUUAGAGCUCCAUCCGUCUUCUGCAAUCUUGAACUACGGUCAGGGAUUGCUUGAAGGUCUUAAGGCGUAUAGGAGAGGUGAUGGUCGAGUUAUGUUGUUCCGGCCUGAAGAGAAUGCCCGGCGAAUGAAGAUGGGUGCAGAGAGAAUUUGCAUGCCUUCUCCCUCUGUUGAGCAAUUCGUACAUGCCGUGAAGCAAACCGUCCUUGCAAAUAAGCACAUGGUUCCUCCACCAGGGAAAGGGUCCCUGUAUAUCAGGCCUUUGCUCAUGGGAACGGGUCCGGUUCUUGCAAUGGGACCUGCACCCGAGUUUACAUUCCUUAUAUACGCCUCUCCUGUCGGCGACUUUCACAAGGCAAGAACACCCCUGAACUUGCUUAUACAAGAAAAGAUCCAUCGAGCUACUCCUGGAGGGACCGGAGGCAUCAAAUGCAUCACCAACUACUCCCCGGUUUUCAAACCGAUCAAAGAAGCAAAGGCUCAAGGGUUCUCAGACGUCCUGUUUCUGGAUGCAGUUACCGGAAAAUACAUUGAGGAGGCUUCAUCUUGCAACAUUUUCAUUGUAAAGGGUGACACCAUAUCAACACCAGCAAUAGCAGAAACAAUCUUGCCGGGAAUAACAAGAAAAAGUAUCAUUGACAUCGCUUUAGAUUUCGGUUACCAGGUCCAGGAACGUCUCAUUGUUGUGGAGGAAUUAACUGAGGCAGAUGAGGUUUUCUGUACGGGAACCGCCGUUGGGGUUGUCCCUGUUGGGAGCGUAACCUAUCAGGGCAAAAGAUUCGAAUACGGGAUUGAAGCGGUAGUGACUAAGAAGCUGCAAGUAGCGCUGCUUGGGAUUCAAACUGGCCUUGUGGAAGACAAAAUGGGGUGGACUUGCAUGCUCGAUUGAGAGCUUCCGCUACAUACUUCGUUUUCAUAUUGCAGAUUACAGCAGGAUAAUAACAAUAAACUUCAAUCGAUGUGAAGCUUAAAGAAUUUCUCAUUAAUCGAUUUCUGUAAAAUUAGAUGUUU